AUGCUGCGUUUCUUCGCGUUGCUGCUUCUCGUUGGCUACUUGGAGGCGAGAACCAUAGGGGAUACCAUAGAAGGUGGAACUAGCGAUACCAUGGAUGAAAGUCAAUCUAUAAAGGUCAACGUUGGACCAGGAGGCGGACUUUUAAAUUUGAAACAACCUGGCUGCACAACGUGCGUAGAAGGGCAGCCGAUACCGUACCGUUCGGGCAACCUGUUCAAAUACCAGUCGAACAGCCUAUGCCAGUACCUGUACCACAGCCUGUUCCGGUGCCCGUUCAACAGCCUGUUCCAGUGCCCGUCGUACAGCCUGUUCCGGUGCCUGUUCAACAGCCUGUCCCAGUGCCCGUCGUACAGCCUGUUCCUGUCGCACAACCUGUUCCUGUCGCUCAACCUGUUCCUGUCGCACAACCUGUUCCUGUUGCACAACCUGUUCCCAUUGUACAACCUAUUCCAGCUCCAGUUGGACCAGGACCGAUCGUGGCACCUCCAUGCUCAGCUUGUGGCAGUAAUAAAGGUUCGGUUGUGGCGAUAA